AUGGCCGAUGGGGUAGAAGAGUUGUCGGGUGGCGACGCGGUACCGGAAGACGCAGAUGGUGUGGUGCUAUGUAAGGGCCAGCAAGACGUGGGCCUGCCUCUGUCACCCAACAGCUUCCGCCAGAUACUGCGGGUCAAGACUACUGUGCCCAAAGGCAGGUCUGCGUCUCUGGGCGAUGUAUUCCUUCGAGUUUAUGGGGAAAACUCAACCCUGCCCAAGUCGUAUCGGCUGCGGGAUGCCAAAGGAAUGCUCUCAGAUGCCGCCUUGGACCGUGCCAAGCCUACAGUAGUAUAUGCUCAUGGAUACGUGGAAUUGUCGUCAGACGAGAGUGUGAUGGCUGUGGUGCGCGCUUACCAGGGACGCGGAGAUUUCAACAUUGUCGUGGUGGACUGGGCCAAUCUAGGCUUCGGGAACUACCUUGCAGUCGCGCUCGACUUGAAACCGAUAGGCAUUGAAACAGGUAAAGCAUUGUCAAUGCUACUGAAGGAAGGACUUUCGCCGAAAGGACUGCACCUUGUGGGGCACUCGAUGGGUGCACACUUGCUCGGUUUCACCGCUAGGAGCCUAGCUGACAGAGGACAUCCAGUACCCAGGCUAACGGGGCUGGAUCCUGCUUACCCUGGCUUCUACCCAGCAAUCCUAGCAUCUCCUAUGUCUGUCCACGACGCAGAUUUCGUAGACGUUAUUCACACGGAUGGCGGCGGAUACGGCGCGCCAAGCCGUGCUGGCCACGCUGAUUUCUGGCCUAACGAAGGGCGAGCCAAACAGCCCGGCUGUAUCUCGGCCACUAUUCCACUUACAUAUGAGGACUUCUGCAGCCACUGGCGGUCGUGGGCAUUCUGGGCGGAGUCAGUGGCUGGCGGGCAGUUUCUGUCGCGGCGAUGCGAGGACUACGACACGUUUCUGCGCGGGCAGUGUGGAGAGGAGCCGUCAGCCCUAAUGGGGAUUGACGCUUCAUCAAAUCUGCGAGGCAACUUCUACCUGCGCACGGCAGCGCGGGCGCCGUUCGCGCUCGGCGAGAGAGGCGCAGAAUGA